UAACAGCUUAAUUUCUCAAAUGUUCCAGAGGAAAGCAGAGAAAUGGAACAAAUGGUUUGCAGUGAAAGUACUGCACGCGGAAAGCAUUUGAUUCCCAGACCCUCUCUCUCUAGAACCACCAUUAAUGACUUUGCGGUGAAAGAAAGCAUUUGCUCAUUUGCAUUCCACUCCUAUUUUUCUUCAUCUUCCUCUGCAGCUUUCUUUCUCUAGACUCUGUAGAUUGGUGAGAGAGUGCGAAGAAGAAACAUGUACAAGUCAAAGCUGCAAGAGCUGUGUCACCAUAACAAAUGGGGAUUACCCAGGUAUUCUUGCAUCAAAGAAGGACCAGACCAUGACCCAGAAUUCUUGGCUUCAGUGUCCCUCAAUGGAAGGGCAUUUGACACACCCACCAUCUGUAAAUCCUCCAAAGAGGCCCACAACGAAGCAGCUAAGCUGGCCUUCCUCCAUUUCACUUCUGGCACUGAAGUGAUUGCCGGAGGACCAGACAUUGAGUACACAUUUGCGAAACCUGAGAUAUAUCCAAAUGCUUCAGGUGUUAAAGUGGGUUCUUCAAUUCCAAAAACAGAGCCCAAUGCUGGAAUAUCAGAGACUGGAAAUGGAUGUAAAAGUGCUAAGAUCAAUGCAAAUGUUUUGAACCUCAAGGAUGGUCUAACAUAUCAGUACAAGAAGAAGCUGCAGAGCUAUACUCAAAGACAAAAUCUUGAUCCACCCUUAUAUAGUAUUAUAAGGGCGGGCCCACCUCAUGCCCUAUGCUUUAAGGCUACAGUUACUGUUGAUGGUCAUUCUUUUGAGAGUCCAGACUAUUUUAAGACUUUGAAGGAGUCAGAGCAUGCUGCUGCAAAGGUUGCUUUGAUGUCACUGUCACUGGAUGCUUUGCAAGUGAAUGACAUUCGCUUUUUUAAGAAUUACUUGCAAGAGUUGGCUCAGAAUGAAGGUUUCACCUUGCCAAUAUAUAAAACCGUUAGAGUUGGUACAGCCCAUGAGCCAACAUUCUUUUCCACUGUGGAAGUGGAAGGAGAGAAAUUUAAUGGGAAAGCAGGGUCCUCCAAGAAACAGGCAGAGAUAAAUGCUGCAGAGGUUGCUUACUCUGUCUUAAUGAAGCGUAGAUCAAGUCGAAGUGGCAAUCUCACGUCCUCUGGUUCCCCAGCACAUGAAGUUCUUGAGCUCAAUCCUAGCAUGGGCUCCCUCACUCUUGUUGAUUCACAACAGAACCUCAAAGAUGGAGGUACAUUGGUUUCAUCUUCAACUGUCAAACAUGAAGAACAGGCUAAAGAAAGUAGAGAUGAAGUUGAAGCUCAACGUAUGGUGGCCAAUGCUAAAGUCCGCUCUCAGAACUCCAUUCCAUCUCCUGCAAUACGAAAUGUGGUUAAAGUGACAGGAAACACUAAUUCAUCUUCACUGAAGUCACUGCCUUCCUCACCCAAAGGUCAAUCAUCUACAGCUGCAGUGACACCUCGUGACACCGCCGCCCACUCAAUUGCAGAUUCGAACACAACAAAAACCAACGGGGUGAGGAGUUACUUGGUCUCCAACAAGGUUAGAGUGUACACAUGCAUUCCAGAUGUGGCAUUCCCCAAGGGCACUGUAUUGGUACCCGUUGAUGACGGCAAGUGGGUAGCUGUGAGCCUGGAGUUCCCAAAUGAAAAAAGAUAACUAAUCUAUGGUAGCUCUUGUUUAUGUCAUUGUCUCUGUUUAUCAGAAUUGUUCAUCUUUUGAUAUCCUCCUAAACCAAAAUAACUUGAAGACAUGCAUGAUUACUCAAUCUCUAGGUAGUUUAAAUUUGAAAGUUGUCUGAUGGAUGUAAAUGUAAGAUUGGCUAAUAAUAUAUGAGUAUAUGUUUCCUUUUCUACCA